AUCAAAUCCAAAGGUACAACGUCGCGGAUCGUCGUGCGUGUGUGUGCAAAUGGAUAAAAUGCAGAGAUCUAGAUAGAGCAGCGCACAGGCAGUGGAUAUCCGGAAUAUGUUAGCCUGAUCCGUCUGCGGACCGAACCGAUUAAGACGUGACAAGAGUUGAGGCCGAUUCGGAGCAGCCAUAGUGUCGCAAGUCGAGAGUCCAAGGAGCCAGUCGAGACAAAGUGCAUUUUCAGGGCGUGUUUGUGGCCCCCCGCACCCACUGGCCCGCUGGCCUCCCCCCCGCGAACACGCAGCCUCCCCCGUCCGUUGGUGGCGACAAAAAAAAAUAAAUAAAAAGCUUGCCCGCAAGAUGCUGCAAAUUCGCAAUUCCACCUGAAAAUCAACAGCAAUCGACGAGCAGCAGCAGCAGCAGCAAAAAUUUGCAAAACUUCCUUUUCUGCGUGUGUGUGGUGUGGUGUCUCCAAUCUCCAAUUUCCAAUCUCUUUUUGUCUACUCCAAAACGCGCAGAAAGAGAGCAAAAGAAAAUGUGUGCGUGUGUGUGCAAAGUCUGUGUGAAACAAAACGUAAUGAAAUAAGUUAAAGCAAAGGCAAAUAAUUGAUUGCAAGUGCCAGCCGAAGAGAAAAAAAAAAAUAUAUAAAAGUUUAAGGAGUACUACUAGUGCCUAGUACUAGUAAUUGCAGAGGCCAUAAGCCAGGAGGGAGAAGGAAGCAGGAAGCGCGAGAGAGAAAAGUGUACAAGUUGUUGUUGCUGCGCACGAGCGAUAGCAACGGUAAAAACCACCCGACCGCCCACUAGAUAUGGGUGCUCAGCAGGGCAAGGAGCGGGGCUCGCACUCCGGCGGCGGCGGUGGCGGUGGCGGCAGCGGUGCCCCCGUCAGCUGUAUCGGCCUCUCGUCGAGCAGCAGCCCAGUGGCCUCCCAUUCGCCGCACUGCAUCAGCUCCGGCAGCUCCAGUAACGCCCCCCUGGGCGGUGGAUCCACAUUGCGCGGCUCCCGCAUCAAGUCCUCGUCCUCCGGCGUUAGCAGUGGGGCCGGUACACCCAGUGGCCUGUCCCAGCGUAGCGGCGGUGGCAACCACAAGGACUCCUCGAGAUGUAAUCCGUCCGUGGGACUCAACAUCUUCACCGAGCACAACGGUACCAAGCACAGCUCUUUUCGCAGCCACCAAGGCAAAUAUCAUUUAGAAGCCCUGCUGCAAUCGCGUCCAUUACCUCACAUUCCGGCCGGAAGCACGGCAGCCUCUCUGUUGGCCGACGCCGCUGAGCUUCAGCAGCAGCAACAGCAGCAGCAGCAGGAUUCCGGUGGUGUGGGUCUGCCACUUGGUGGUGGCUCCUCCCUGGGAGGAGCGAACACAUCGGUGUUUGAGUCGACGCAUCGAUGGACCUCCAAGGAGAACCUGCUAGCCCCCGGACCCGAGGAGGAUGACCCCCAGCUGUUUGUGGCGCUGUACGACUUCCAGGCCGGUGGCGAGAACCAGCUGAGCCUCAAGAAGGGCGAGCAGGUGCGCAUCCUCAGCUACAACAAGUCGGGGGAGUGGUGUGAGGCCCAUUCCGACUCUGGGAACGUGGGCUGGGUGCCCUCCAACUAUGUGACACCGUUGAACUCCCUGGAGAAGCACUCGUGGUACCACGGCCCGAUCUCCCGUAAUGCUGCCGAGUAUUUGCUGAGCUCGGGGAUCAAUGGGAGUUUCCUGGUGCGGGAGAGCGAGAGCUCGCCGGGUCAGAGGAGCAUCAGUCUAAGAUACGAAGGUCGAGUCUACCACUACCGCAUCUCGGAGGAUCCGGACGGCAAGGUCUUUGUCACCCAGGAGGCCAAGUUCAACACCCUGGCCGAGCUGGUGCAUCACCACAGCGUCCCGCAUGAAGGCCAUGGCCUGAUUACACCGCUCCUGUAUCCGGCACCGAAGCAAAACAAACCCACCGUCUUCCCGCUGAGUCCGGAGCCGGACGAAUGGGAGAUCUGCCGCACGGACAUCAUGAUGAAGCACAAACUGGGCGGCGGGCAGUACGGCGAGGUAUACGAGGCAGUGUGGAAGCGCUACGGCAACACAGUGGCUGUCAAGACUCUGAAGGAAGACACCAUGGCCCUGAAGGACUUCCUCGAAGAGGCGGCCAUCAUGAAGGAGAUGAAGCAUCCGAAUCUGGUCCAGCUCAUAGGUGUCUGCACCCGAGAGCCACCGUUCUACAUCAUCACCGAGUUCAUGUCGCACGGCAAUCUGCUCGACUUCCUGCGCUCCGCCGGCCGCGAGACCCUCGACGCCGUGGCCCUGCUCUACAUGGCCACGCAGAUCGCCUCCGGUAUGAGCUACCUGGAGACGCGCAACUACAUCCACCGCGACUUGGCCGCCCGCAACUGCCUUGUUGGAGACAACAAGCUGGUCAAGGUGGCGGACUUCGGGCUGGCGCGUCUGAUGCGGGACGAUACGUACACGGCCCAUGCCGGAGCCAAGUUCCCCAUCAAGUGGACCGCCCCCGAGGGACUGGCGUACAACAAGUUCAGCACCAAGUCGGAUGUAUGGGCCUUCGGGGUACUGCUAUGGGAGAUCGCCACGUACGGGAUGUCUCCGUAUCCGGGCAUCGAUCUCACCGAUGUCUAUCACAAGCUGGAGAAGGGCUAUCGCAUGGAACGGCCGCCGGGAUGCCCGCCAGAGGUGUACGAUCUGAUGCGACAGUGCUGGCAGUGGGACGCCGCCGAUAGGCCCACGUUCAAGAGCAUACACCAUGCGCUGGAGCACAUGUUUCAGGAAUCGUCCAUCACCGAAGCGGUCGAGAAGCAGCUGAACGCCACCAGUAGCUCCUCCUCAGUUCAACAGCCGAGCUCAUCGGGUAUAGGGACUGGCUCUGGUGGAGUAACAACCUCCACGACGGUCCCCAGCGGUGCUUCCUCCUCCUCCCUCAGCCUCACCCCGCAGAUGGUAAAGAAGGGUCUGCCCGGCAAUCAGAACCUCACGCCUCACAGCGAUCUGCAGCAGCAGGCCAGCACACCCAUGUCAGAAACCGGCUCCAGUUCCACCAAGCUGAGCACCUUCUCCAGCCAGGGCAAGGGCAAUGUCCAGAUGCGACGCACCACCAACAAGCAGGGCAAGCAGGCACCAGCUCCACCCAAGCGUACCAGUCUUCUCUCCAGCAGUCGGGAUUCGACUUAUCGCGAGGAGGAUCCUUCAGCGCAAAGAUGCAACUUCAUCGAUGAUCUCACCACCAACGGUAUUACAAAAAUGAAAAAUGUCAACUAUUUCAGUCAGACCCUUUCUAGAAAUUUCAAGACCCAAAUACCAACCCAUCAUACCCAACAAAUACGAACACAACAACAACUACAACAACAGUCUGUACAACAUCCAGUACAGCAACAACAACAACAACAACAGAAACAACAACAGUAUUCCAUUAAGAAAUCGUCCUCCUGCAGUAGUUUCCUUUACGACAUUUUAUUUCGAGGCUUGGCCCGAGACAUCAAUAGCUUGACGCAGCGCUAUGACUCCGAAACGGAUCCGGCGGCUGAUCCUGACACCGACGCCACGGGCGAUAGUCUGGAACAGGGCCUGACUGCUGCACCGAUCCAAGCUCCCAACAAGAUGCAGCACUCCCUGCACGGAGGUGGAAGCGGCAUUGGACCCCGAUCCUCGCAGCAGCACAGCUCCUUCAAGCGGCCAACGCCCACGCCCGUGAUGGGCAAUCGGGGACUGGAGACACGCCAGAGCAAGCGCUCCCAGCAGCACCCUCAGCUACCACCGACCCAAUCGCAUCCCGGCAAUGGGAUAACCACCAAUGCUCAUCCUAUCACCGUCGGAGCACUGGAGGUGGUGAAUGUCAAGCAGCAGGCGAACCGCUACGGCACCCUGCCAAAGGUGGCCAGGAUUGGAGCAUACCUGGACAGCCUGGAGGACAGCAGUGGUGCCUGUGAAGCGGCACCAGGCUCACCCGGUCCAGUUCCUCCGCCGCCAGCCAACGGGCACAGCACUCCGCCGGGAGCACGCCUGAACCCAAAGAUGAACACUCCCAUUCCGCCGCAGCAGAUGAUUCGCAGCAAUUCCUCGGGCGGCGUCACCAUGCAGAACAAUGCCGCCGCCAGUCUCAAUAAGCUCCAGCGCCACCGCACCACCACGGAGGGCACCAUGAUGACCUUCUCCUCCUUCCGACAGGCCGCGUCCCCGAAGCGCAGUGGCUCUGGGGUGGGAUCCGGCGCCCAGCAACCGGCUCUGGCCAAUCUGGAGUUCCCGCCACCACCACUGGACUUGCCGCCGCCUCCGGAGGAAUUCGAGGCCGCUCCACCGCCCCCGCCGCCGGCGCCAGAGAGUGCUGUCCAAGCCAUCCAGCAGCAUCUCCAUGCCCAGAAUCCGGCCAACAACGGCAAUAUAGGCAACGGGAUGGCCAACAACAACAACGACAGCAGCCAUAACGAUGUCAGCAACACGGCACCCAGUGUGGAGGAGGCCAGCUCCCGAUUUGGGGUAUCGCUGAGGAAGAGGGAGCCCUCGACAGACUCCUGCAGCUCGCUGGGCAGCCCCCCGGAGGAUCUGAAGGAGAAGCUCAUCACUGAGAUCAAGGCUGCCGGCAAGGAGGCUGCUCCUCCCGCCCACCUAGCCAAUGGAUCUGGCAGUGCUCCCGUGGAUCCCGGUUUCCUGCUGGUCACCGAGCUGGCCGAGAGUAUGAAUCUUCCCAAGAAGAACCUGACCAACGGAAAUGGAACUGCCAGUGGCGCUGCCACCGGAACUCCAGGCGGUUUCAAGGCACAGCUGAAGAAAGUGGAGCCCAAGAAGAUGAGUCCUCCAAUGGCCAAGGCGGAGCCCAGCCACAACAUCAUCGACUUCAAGGCCCAUCUGCGCCGCGUCGACAAGGACAAGGAGCCACCACUGUCAAACCCAGCGACGGCUGGAGGAAACAAUGCCAAUGCCAACUCGACGGGCACCCUGAACCGCAAGGAUGACACCAACAAGAAGUUCGUCCAGGCCAUGCAAAAGACUGAAAUCAAAAUCGAUGUUACCAACUCGAAUGUGGAGCCGGACACGGCCACCGAUAAGCCGGCAGCUGGAACAGGAGCCGGAACCGGUGCCGCAGCCGGUGCUGUGGGAGAUGGCAGUGAUCUCGGCAAGCGUCGGAGCACAGGUAGUAUUAAUAGCCUAAAGAAACUGUGGGAGCAGCAGCCGCCGGCGCCCGACUACGCCAGCAGCUCGAUCAUUCAGCAGCAGUCGUCGGCGGUGAAUGGUGGUUGCGGCGCCUCCUCUCUUUCCACCAACCAACUAUCGCCCAAGUACGGGAUGAAAUGUGGCACUCUGCCGGCCAAACCGGGCAACAAACCGCCACCGGCUGCCCCACCACCUCCGCCCCCGCAAUGCACCUCAACUUCCAACCCCUCAACCACCAUUAGUAGCACCACUACCACCAAUACCACUACCACAUCUAGUAGAGAUUGCACUAGCGGCAGGCAGCAGGCCGGCACCACCAUUAAAACUUCUCAUUCAACGCAACUCUUCACAGAUAACGAGGAGCACCAGCACCAGGAGGGAUUCGGCGGAGGAGUAGGAGGCGGCGACAUGACCCAGUCACUGUACGAGCAGAAGCCAAACCUCCCACAGAUUCAGCAGAAGCCAGCAGUGCCCCACAAGCCCACCAAGCUCACCAUCUACGCCACUCCGAUUGCCAAACUCUCCGAGCCGGCCAGCUCCACGCAGAUAUCGCGGGAGAGCAUCCUAGAACUGGUGGGUCUCCUCGAGGGCUCGCUAAAGCAUCCUGUGAACGCCAUUACCGGCUCCCAGUGGCUCCAGCUCAGCGACAAGCUGAACAUUCUCCAGAAUUCGUGUGUGAUUUUCGCGGAAAAUGGAGCUAUGCCACCGCACUCCAAGUUCCAGUUCCGGGAGCUGGUGACGCGGGUGGAGGCGCAAUCCCAGCACCUGCGCUCCGCCGGCAGCAAGAACGUUCAGGACAACGAGCGCCUGGUGGCCGAGGUGGGUCAGUCGCUGCGCCAAAUCUCGAAUGCCCUGAACAGGUAAAUGAUAAGACGGGGGAUGGAGGCGCCCGACCAACAUCAUCCGGGAAUCUGGCUGGAUGCCGAGGGCAAUUUUAUCAAGCGCAAGUGAUGAGCCACAUCCAACCACCCAUCCCCCGGGAUCCCAAAAAAAAAGAUGAUAAGGAGAAGGAGGAGGAGGAGGCGGAAACGGUAUCAAGAAACAGGAAACGAAACUUCAAGCCCAGCGAAGAAGAAUUUGAAGGCGAUCGAAAGCAAGGACGAAAAAAAGGACAUCUACGGACAUACAGCAGCAACUAAAAAUCAACUAAAUUCAAAUUCAAAUUCAAAAAAAAAAACAAGAGGACACCUAUGCAUUGUCCUUGGUAGCGUGUAGUAGUAGCUUCUAUUAUAUAUAUACCCAUAUAUAUCUAGUCAGAUCAGAGCAGAGCCCGACGAACGCUUCCAGAAUCCAGAAAGUAAAAAAAUGAGUUGCUAAGCAAAAUUUCGCGGGAAGAUCCUUGUUUUUAAUUGUAAAGUAAGGGGAUUACCCCCUUAACUUACCCAUAUCCCAAAA